AUGGAGCGCUGCGUGCGGUGCUGCUGCUGCCUCCUGGUGCUGCUGCUCGUGGCGCUCGGCGUCACGGCCGUCGUCGUGUUCCUCCGCCACAGGAACGGCGGCGGGCCCGUCGUCCCCGGCGGCAUCGACCGCAAGUACGCCGAGGCCCUCGCCGUCGCCCUCCAGUUCUUCCAGGUCCAGAAAUCCGGGAAGCUGGUGAACAACAAGAUCCCGUGGAGGGGCGACUCGGCGGAGGACGACGGGCAGGAGGCCGGGCUGGACCUGUCCAAGGGGAUGUACGACGCCGGCGACCACAUCAAGUUCGGCUUCCCCAUGGCGUUCACGGCCACCAUGCUGUCGUGGUCCGUCCUCGAGUACGGCGGCGCCAUGCAAGCCGCCAAGCAGCGGGACGCCGCCCUGGACGCGCUGCGCUGGAUCAUGGAUUACCUCCUCAACGCGCACCCAUCCGCCGAUGUCCUCUACAUUCAGGUAGGCGACCCUGAAGCCGACCACAAGUGCUGGGAGAGGCCAGAAACCAUGUCCGAGAAGCGGCCGCUGACCAAGAUCACCGCCAAGUCCCCCGGCAGCGACGUGGCGGCCGAGACGGCGGCUGCCAUGGCCGCGGCGUCGCUGGUGUACAAGCCCAUCAACGGCAGCUACUCGUCGUCCCUGCUCGAGCACGCGGAGCAGCUCUUCGCCUUCGCCGACCGGCACAGGGGCGCCUACACGCGCACCUUCCCGGAGCUCAGCAAGUACUACAACUCCACCACGUACCAGGACGAGCUCCUGUGGGCGAGCGGCUGGCUCUACCACGCCACCGGGAACACCAGCUACCUCGCCUACGCCACCGGCAAGAACGGCGAGGAGUUCGCCGACCUCGGGAACCCCAGGUACUUCAGCUGGGACGACAAGCGGCCGGGCACGCAGGUUCUCCUGUCGAGGGCGAGCUUCUUUGCGUCGCAGGGGUCUGGUCUUGCCACGGACAAUGGCCUCGAGUCGUACAAGCAGACCGCCGAUGCCGUCAUGUGCAUUCUCCUGCCGGACUCUGAAACUGCCGCAUUCAGAACAGAAGGGGGGUUGCUGUAUGUCGCCGAGUGGAACUCGCUCCAGCACCCGGUGGCCUCGGCCUUCCUCGCCGCGGUUUACAGCGACUACAUGCUGACCUCGGGGAAGACGGAUCUCAGCUGCGGCGGGCAGAGCUUCGCGCCGGCCGACCUGCGCAAUUUCGCCCAGUCUCAGGCGGAUUACGUGUUGGGGGAGAACCCGAUGAAGCUGAGCUACCUGGUCGGGUACGGCGACAGCUACCCGCAGCGGGUGCACCACCGGGGCGCGUCGAUCCCGGCGGACGUCGACACGGGGUGCGGCGGCCAAGAGUGGCUCAACACGGCGGAGGCCAACCCGAACGUGGCCAUGGGCGCGCUCGUCGGAGGCCCCUUCAAGAACGACUCGUUCGUGGACGAGCGGGAGAACGUGAUGCAGAAUGAGGCCACCACGUACAACAGCGCCCUCGUCGUCGGCCUCCUCUCCAGCCUCCUCACCACCUCCUCCGUCGCGCAGUCCUUAUCGUCGUGA